AUGAGAAUUAAAAUUAUAUUUUUAUUUGUUAUAUUAAAUAUAAUUUAUGUAAAUACAUCAAAGGAAAAUAAUGAUCAAAUUCAAGUAUUUCUAAUUCCUCAUUCACACAGCGACGUUGGUUGGAAACAGACAUACAACUCAUAUUACGAAUUAAAUGUAACCCGUGUUUUAGAUAAUAUUGUAGCUACUUUAUCAAAAGACCCAACCAAAAAAUUUAAUUGGGCUGAAAUGGUUUAUUUUGAAAGAUGGUACAGUGAGCAGACAACAAAUAUUAAAGAAACAGUUAAAGGUUUAGUUCAAGAUAAACAAUUAUAUUUUGUAGGUGGGGGAUGGGCUCAAAAUGAUGAAGCCACAACAGAUUAUCAAGCAGUUAUUAAUCAAAUGACACUUGGUCAUCAAUUUCUUUUAAAUGAAUUUCAAGUAAAACCAGAAAUCGGCUGGCAAAUUGAUCCAUUUGGACCCUCAACGCUAACAGCAACACUGUUUUCUUUAAUGGGGUUUAAGUAUCAUGUGAUCAAUAGAAUUGAUGAAAGAAUUAAAUAUGUUUUUAAUGCAGAGCAAAUGGAUAUAAAAGAUUCAGGGAUAAUGGAAAUUGAAAGAGAAUUCGAAUUUAUGUGGUACCCAUCCCCAAAUAACAAAAAUCUAUCAAUAUUUACACAUGUUUUGGACCAUCAUUAUAGCUCACCAUUUUUAUCAAUUGAAAAUUAUCUAGCUCCAAUGUUAUCAUAUACUACUGGUUUCGAUUUUGAAGGUCCUUCUUCGCAAAACCCACCAAUUACAAAAGAUAAUAUUAAAGAAAGAGCAAAUUUAUUUUUUCAAAUUGUUCAAGAAAGAUCAGCUUUAUUCAGGCAUAAGAAUCUAUUGUUACCUUUUGGAGGAGAUUUUAGAUUUCAGAACUCAGCAUUGGAAUUUGAUAACAUGGAUAGACUCAUAGAGUAUUUUAACUCAAAUCCACAUUUUGGUAUCAAUAUUAAAUAUGCAACUUUGGAUGAAUAUUUUGAAGCAGUUUUUAAUAGUACAGCUAUGGAUCAAACUUCAAAUGAUGAACCAAUAUCAUUUCCAAAAUUUUCAAGUGAUGAUUAUUUUGUAUAUACUCAGUGCGAGUAUCAAAACUAUUUGUCCUCUUUUGGAACAUGUGCAAACUAUUGGUCUGGUUUUUAUAGCUCCUAUGCAGAAUUAAAACAAGUUGUUAGAAAGUCAGAUUCUUUAUUAAGAGCCGCUGAAAUGCUAUACUCGUUAUCUUCGAGUAAAUUAGCAAAUAGUCCCUUUAGUUUUGAUUUUGAAGAUGCUUUUGGUGCAAUAUCUCGACAUAGAAAUAUUAGUGGUAUCCUUACUCACCAUGAUGCAGUAACCGGAACAUCAAUACUCGCUGUUAGAAAAAAUUACAUGGAAAUGUUAGAGGAAGUUCAACAUCAAACUAUGCUUAAAGUAAUGCCAGGUGCUGUCGGUUUCUUACUUGCAAAUCAGACUAUAUAUUUAGACUAUUCAUGUAAUAAUACCAUCAUUGAUAACAAUCCAAACGAAGGUGAUAUUUAUGCUAUUUCUUUCACAAAUAGUUUAUCGUGGGACCGUUAUGAAUUUGUAGAAAUUGAAAUUCCAGAAUCUAUUAUUGUGGCUAUCUAUGAUUACGACCUAAACCCUGUUCCAUCACAAACAGUUCAAAGAAUGGAUAAAAAUGGAAAUUGGUAUAUUUAUACUCAAAUUAAAACUCCAGCCCUUGGUAUCUCAACUUAUUUUUUUAUCAUCACUGAUAGCUCCGGUCAAAUUUUUAAUAAAGAAUUAUUAUAUUUGAUUGAAGAAAAAAUAGUUCAAAAACCAAUAAUUUCCCAAGUAAUAUAUUCAAAUGAAAUAGCUCAAGAUUCAGAACCUAUUACCAUUGGUAAUACAUUAUUUAAUUUAAAUUUCAAGUUUAACAACUAUAAUUUAUUAAGUUUAAAUAGUUUUGAUGAUUUACAAAGAAAUGAACUAUCAAUCCCAAUUACACAAAACUAUAUAGAAUACUCAAGUUAUAGCGACAGCUCUUAUACAUUUAGACCCAAUGGUCCCCCAGUUAAUCUAAAACCAGUUAAUCCAAAAUACUAUAUUACCAAUGGUACAUUAGUUAAAAUUGUAACAAUUAUUUAUACAUCUAAUUGCUCUCAAUCAUAUAUUGUAUAUAAUUCAAAUAAUACACUGGGCCAAUUUAUUAAUGAAGAGCAAUAUUUUGAAAUUGAUAAUAUAGUUGCUGCUGGUUGGAACAAAGAGGUUGCAAGUAAAUUUUCCACAAAUAUCAAUAAUAAUAAUAUUUUUUAUACAAGCAAUGGUUUAGAAAUGAUGCAAAGACAAUAUAAAGUAGUAUUUGGAGAUGAUGAACCAUGGAGUGUUAUUGCUGCCAAUUUUUUCCCUUCCAUCAAUACAGCACAGAUUUUAGAUCAAGUUCAAACACCUUUACCAAAACAAUUAUCAGUAUUAACGAGACAAACUAUGGGAGCUAGUAGUCAAAGCAAUGGAGAUUUAGAGUUACUUUUUGUUAGAAGAUCCGAAUCGCUGGGCUCUACUCUUCAUGAAAACAUGAAUGAUAUUUCAAAUCCAUUAAUCAAAGUUAGGGUUUUGUUUGGCGAUCCAUCAAAUAUAGAACAAAUAAGAACACCACUUUCAUUACUCUUAGAAAACCCUUUAAUACCAGUUUAUUCAGCCGUUAGUGAUAUCAGUAUUGAUAAAUGGACUCAAGCCUAUAAUACAUUAUAUAAACCAUUUUCAGAAUCACUACCAUAUGAUUUACACCUAUUAACAUUUACAAAACAAAAUUCAACAGAUUCAAACUACUUUAUUAGACUGUUAAAUAUAUAUGAAGUUAAUCAAGGUAUGGACUCACAACCAAUCCAAAUAUCAAUUAACAACUUUUUUAAUUUAUUUAAUAUUUCAAAUAUAGAAGAAACAACAUUAUCUUUUAAUUCCAUUAUAAACAUUAUAGAUGACAAUGUUUCAUUAAAUCCUUUAGAUUUAAAAUCAUUUAUAAUUCAAACAAAUAAACAAUAAAUAUUAUGUAGUAUUACAAUGU